CCAAAGGUGUUUCGAAUAAACCGGAAAUAACCACGUGAUCAGCGACCUCUAGUGAGGUGUAAAAACUGGUAUUUCCCUCUUUGCAAAGCUAACGCCGGGGGGAAACAACAAACAUCAAAUAUCGCUUUUAGUUCUGCCUUUCACAGAGAGGAGCCUUCAAAAUGGAUGAUUACCCAAGUGACGGAUACGGAGAAGAGGAGGAGGAAUGGGAUAGGGAAGGGUUACUUGACCCGGCCUGGGAAAAACAACAAAAAAAGACAUUCACAGCAUGGUGCAAUUCACAUCUACGAAAAGCAGGAACUCAAAUAGAAGACAUAGAUGAAGACUUUAAAAAUGGCUUAAAACUUAUGUUAUUAUUAGAAGUUAUAUCAGGGGAACAGUUACCCAGACCAGAUAGAGGAAAAAUGAGGUUCCACAAAAUUGCCAAUGUGAAUAAAGCUCUUGAUUUUAUUGCCAGCAAGGGUGUUAGAUUAGUGUCUAUUGGAGCAGAGGAAAUUGUAGACGGUAAUUGUAAAAUGACACUUGGUAUGAUAUGGACCAUUAUUCUGAGAUUUGCCAUUCAAGAUAUUACUGUAGAAGAAUUAACAGCAAAAGAAGGUCUUCUGCUUUGGUGUCAAAGAAAGACUGCACCUUAUAAAAAUGUUAAUGUUCAGAAUUUCCAUAUGAGCUUUAAGGAUGGACUGGCAUUUUGUGCCUUGAUUCAUAGACAUCGUCCAGAUUUAAUAGAUUACCACAAAUUAUCAAAGGAAAAUCCUUUAGAGAACUUAAACACAGCAUUCAAUGUAGCAGAACAGCACUUAGAUAUUCCAAGAAUGUUGGAUCCAGAAGAUAUGGUAAAUUCAGUGAAACCAGAUGAAAGAUCAGUGAUGACCUAUGUAUCAGCAUAUUAUCAUGCAUUCUCUGGUGCACAACAGGCAGAAACAGCCGCAAAUAGAAUCUGUAAGGUUCUUAAAGUCAAUCAAGAAAAUGAAAGAUUGAUGGAAGAAUAUGAAAGACUAGCCAGUGAUCUUCUUGAAUGGAUCAAGAAAACCACACCAUGGUUAGAAAACAGAACAACAGAUAACACCUUACCUGGUACUCAACGCAAAUUAGAAGAAUUCCGUGAUUACAGACGGAAACAUAAACCUCCCAAACUAGAAGAUAAAGCUAGACUAGAAAACAGUUUUAACACAUUACAAACUCGGUUAAGGCUGAGCAACAGACCAGCUUAUCUACCAACAGAAGGAAAAAUGGUCUCAGAUAUUGCAAAUGCUUGGAAAGGCUUAGAACUAGCAGAAAAAGGCUUUGAAGAAUGGCUCCUCUCUGAAUUACAAAGGUUAGAACGAUUAGAUCACCUUGCCCAGAAGUUUCGACACAGAUGUGAAAUUCAUGAAGAAUGGGCUGAAGGAAAAGAAGAUAUGUUGCAAAGUCAAGAUUAUCUUAAAUGUAGACUAAAUGAAUUGAAGGCAAUGAAAAAGAAACAUGAAGCUUUUGAAAGUGACCUGGCAGCACAUCAAGAUAGAGUAGAACAAAUUGCAGCUAUUGCUCAAGAAUUAAAUGUUUUACAUUAUCAUGAUGUUCAAACAGUCAAUACAAGGUGUCAACUCAUCUGCGAUCAGUGGGACAGACUAGGAACAUUGACGGCACAAAGACGUCAAGGAUUAGAGGAAGCUGAAAAAAUAUUAGAAAAAAUAGAUCAACUUUAUUUAGAUUUUGCCAAACGUGCUGCACCAUUCAACAAUUGGUUAGAUGGUGCUAAAGAAGAUUUACUAGAUAUGUUUAUAGUUCACAGUAUUGAAGAAAUUCAAGAUUUAGUAGAAGCACAUGAACAAUUCAAAGGAACUUUAGGUGAAGCUGACAAAGAAUUUAAUUCUAUAAUGAACUUGGCUAAUGAAGUACAGAGAUUAUGUCAACAGUAUGGGUUAACGUUGAGAGAGAAUCCAUACACCACAGUCAGUCCAUCAGACAUCUCUAAUAAAUGGGGAGAAGUCAAACAGUUAGUUCCCAAGAGAGAUAGAACAUUACAUGAUGAAAGAAUUAAACAAGAAAAUAAUGAGAGACUUAGAAGACAGUUUGCACAAAAAGCAAACAUUGUUGGACCUUGGAUAGAGAAUCAGCUAGAUGGUGUUGCAUCAAUUGGUGUUGCAGCUAGAACCUCUCUGGAAGAGCAACUGAACAAACUUCGUCAAUUUGAGAAAGCAACAGAUUCAUACAGAGUUCAUAUGGAUGAACUUGAAAGAUACAAUGAGGAAGUACAGGAAUCUUUGAUAUUCGAGAACAGAUACACACACUACACAAUGGAGACACUCCGUGUUGGAUGGGAGCAAUUGUUAACAGCGAUUGCCAGAAACAUCAAUGAAAUAGAAAACCAGAUUUUGACAAGAGACUCUAAAGGCAUCAGUGAAGAACAGAUGAAUGAAUUUAGAGUAUCAUUUAAUCACUUUGAUAAAAACAGAUCCCGGCGAUUAGAACCUAAAGAAUUCAAAGCUUGUCUGGUCAGUCUGGGUUAUAAUAUCAGGGAUGAUAGACAGGGAGAUGCAGAUUUCCAGAGAAUUAUGUCAAUAGUUGAUCCUAACAAUUCUGGCUAUGUAACAUUUGAAGCCUUCCUUGACUUCAUGACUAGAGAAACUGCUGAUACUGAUACUGCUGAACAAGUUAUGCAAUCAUUUAAAAUAUUGGCCGGUGAUAAGCCUUUCAUCACUGCACAGAUCCUCAGACAAGAGCUGCCACCAGAUCAAGCUGAAUACUGUAUCCAGAGAAUGGCACCAUACACUGGACGUGAUGCUGUCCCUGGAGCACUCGAUUACAUGUCCUUCUCGACGGCACUGUAUGGAGAAAGUGAUCUAUAAACCAUGUUUUCAUCACAUAUUACCUUCAAUGGUCUUGCAGCAUAGACAUCCUUAUUUUUACUGACUAGCAUGAUUUACUUUGUCAUGACAUAUGUACGAGCAAGAUAUAUUUCAAUUUGUAUUUUUAUCAGAUUUCUGUAAAGUUCAGAAAAAGCAUGUUAGUUGCUGUAUAGUUAAAAUGAAAGCAAUAGAUUGUAGAAUUGUGGAUUCUGUGCUGCAUCCCUGUCAAAGGUUUUGUCUGGUACCCAGAUGGAUGUAUAUGCAGACAACCUUACUGUUCAUGCUAUACAUAUUAGUAUAUUCCAGGUUUAUUUUUAGGGGUAUGGAGACUUUCAAAAAUAUUUAUAGUAACACAAUCAAAAACAUUGAGGGUGAAGAAUCUGAAAUAUACCUGUACAUUUUGAUAUAUUUAUUUUAUUAUUACAAAUUUAAUAUGGUAUUUAUAUCAUGAUUUAAAACCUUACCAACUCAGAAAAAAAUGUCCCAAAUCUCUCUUUUGUCUAGUAUGGAUUUAAAAGAGUAUUUACUAAUUAUCUAACUCUGAUUAGAAAUGGACAAUUAUGGGGAGGAUGGAUAAUGUUAAUACCAUAUAUUGGCAAUUGUGUUUUUAUACAUUGGUUAUUGUUGAUAUUUUAAUAUAUAUUGCAAAAUAUGAACUUUGUUAAAGAUAUUUCAAGACUCAAGUUACUUGAACAAGAAAUACAUGGACCUAUAUCCUAUGUUAAUUUAGUAAUGGUGCUUGUUACACUCUUAUAGAUGUAUAUAUAUGUAUAACAUUUUCAGUUUUAUUUAUUCUAUUAUUUUAGUUGGAGCAAGCUUUGCCUUAAAUAAUAACCUAGCAGUUUGUGCCAGACUGGCAGGGUAUUUAAUAAACAGACAAAUCCAAGUCUAUUACAAGCUGGCCUGUGUUAUGUUUACUUCUAUGAACAUGUAAUUCUGUAGUAAUAUCUUGUUAUAGGAUAAUUCUGUUCAGUUUUGUAAAAAUUAUGCAUAACUGUCCACUUUUACAAGGUAGAACUAUGCAAUGUAAUAGAUAAUUCCUGUAACUUGAGUCUUGUAAAGGUCUAUUCAAGAUGAAGAAUAUUGUCUGUGAAAUAAGUUACGCAAGCGUCUUUAUGGAACUUUGGUGCAUGUUCCAUUCAUUUGUACUGGGUGGGAAACUUUUAAUUAGUUACAAAAUGGAAACCUGCAAUUUUUUUUAUUCUGUAAUCAAUGAGUAUAUUUUUUGUUAACAUAUACUUGUUUUAUAUUCAAGUUAUAACCCACAAUUAUUUUCGUUCUGUGAACAUGUUUAGUUUGACAACCUAUGAUUAUGCAUAGGUGCCUCCUUUACGACAUUAAGACAGAGUUUCCUUUUUGUUUCUGUGAUUAUGCAUAUGGAGGACUUAUCUACUUACUAGAGUCAAUCAAAAGAUUAUAUUUUAAAGUGUGAUAUGAUGUGACCUUUGACCCACAUUAAAGGCCUAAACGGUCACUGUCAGGGAUGUUUAGGAUUAUUUUUACCUUAGAAUGUAUUCUUCAUUGGAAAUGACAGUUUGUAAAAAUGAAAGUAACCUUGUAAAAGUAUAAAAUGAUUUUAAAAUUUUUAACAUUUUAAUUUGUAAAAUCGCCAAAAAAUGGGUGUAACCAUUGUCCUGUUGUCAACUUUAAAUGGGUAAUGUGUCUGUGUGUGUCUGUAUGCUAUAUGCUUUUUUAGCUUAAUGGCCAGCUUGUACAAACUACCAUCAUGGUCUUGGUUUAUAAGAAUCCAAUAAAGUCUUUCUACCCAC